UUGUCCCAAUUAGUGACCCAUGUAAAGUGUGAGAGAUAAAGUUGUUUUAAACAACUUUUCUAAACCACAUUUUAAGUCCAAAAUGACCACUCUACCCCCACUGUCCAUGACAUACCCAAAGCUUACGGCCUUAGCCAGACAGAAGCUGCCAUGCUCCCCCAGAAAAAUUCCAAGGUCUCAAUUGAUCAAAGAAAAAGAUGACAUAGAUCAUUAUCUGGAGGCAAAUUUCAAAGGAUUGUCAAAAGAGGAGGUUGCUGCUUACAGGAACUCAUACAAGAAGAACAUCUGUGUGGACAUGCUGCGAGAUGGUUAUCAUAAGUCCUUUACUGAGCUCUUUGGUCUGAUGGAGCGGUGGGAUGCCCUGAGGGAGGCUGCGAGGGUUAGGUCCGUCGUCUGGCUGCAGAAACCUCUGGAGGAGCAGCCUGAUAAACUGGAUUGCUUCUACCACUACCUGACCAGGGCUGAGGCUGCCGAGAGGAAAGAAUACUUGGAAGACGUAUAUAAUAACCUGUAUGCUUUGGCCUGUUACUUCAAUAAUUCUGAAGACAAGUGGGUAAGGAACCACUUCUAUGAGCGAUGUUUUAAGGUUGCUCAACUGAUCAAAAUUGACGGUGGGAAGAAGGAAGCCGAGGCGUGUGCGCACAUGGGCCUUCUCUACGAGGAAGAUGGUCAGCUUCUGGAAGCCGCUGAGCAUUAUGAAGCAUUCCAUCAAUUGACGCAGGGGCGGAUUUGGAAGGAUGAGGCAGGCCGCUUUCUCAACUUGUUGGCCUGUGAGAGUCUCCUGAGGACUUACAGAUUACUCUCAGACAAAAUGCUGGAAAAUAAAGAAUACAAACAGGCCAUCAAAAUUCUAAUAAAAGCUUCUGAAAUAGCUAAAGAAGGAAAUGACAAAAAAAUGGAAGGAGAAGCUUCCUAUUAUUUGGGCUUAGCACAGUUGGCUGCUGGAGAAUAUGAAACAGCAUUAACAAAAUCCUUCACUGUAUUCCAUGGUGUUUCCCUCUUUAAUAGCAAAGCUAACAUGUAUGCAAAAGUUUUGAAAAUACGUUCUAGCCUGUGGUUUAUAUUCAUGAAUGGUUUUUAUCCUUCAGGUCAGCUUCUGGAAGCCGCUGAGCAUUAUGAAGCAUUCCAUCAAUUGACGCAGGGGCGGAUUUGGAAGGAUGAGACAGGCCGCUUUCUCAACUUGUUGGCCUGUGAGAGUCUCCUGAGGACUUACAGAUUACUCUCAGACAAAAUGCUGGAAAAUAAAGAAUACAAACAGGCCAUCAAAAUUCUAAUAAAAGCUUCUGAAAUAGCUAAAGAAGCCCCACUUAGCACUUCCAACGCCCCUUAUCCUGCUCUGUCUUUCCGCCAGAGAAAUGACAAAAAAAUGGAAGGAGAAGCUUCCUAUUAUUUGGGCUUAGCACAGUUGGCUGCUGGAGAAUAUGAAACAGCAUUAACAUAUAAAUCUCUGAACUUGAGGAGUAGUAGUGAAGAUAGAG